GGGCCACUUCCAGUAUCAAAAUCAUUGUGAAUGUCGAUGAUGUCAACGACAACCCCCCACAUUUCACAAACGACCAGGAACGAGUAUUUGGUGUUCCGGAUAAUGUGAGAGCAAACUAUAUUGUUGGUGUCAUUAAGGCUCAAGAUAAUGAUACAUCUGACGCCGGAAAGCUCAGAUACAACGUAACAGGUGGUCGUUCAGAUGUAUUUGGUGUGAGCAGAGUAACAGGUGAAAUUAUAACAUUAGUUGCAAUUGCGAGUACAACUGGGAAGUCUUUUUAUCUUUCUAUCAGUGUUACUGAUGGGGAUGCAUCACACAAAGAUGCAACAAUUAACGUAACUAUACACGUUGUUCCAACGAAAAACCAGCCUAUCCUUACUGUGAACCUACGUGUAGAUGAUAUUAACAAAAAAUUAGAGGACUACCGAAGGAAUAUGAGUGAAAUACUUGAUAUCCAAGUUCAGUUUGAACGCGUAGAAUCUCACCGUGAAGUUGACGAAACAAUCGGUAUGACUCGUGUUGAUCUCUCUAAAACUGAUUUGAUAUUUCACGGUGUCAACACAACGUCAGGAUUUAUAGUUUCAAAUGAAAAAAUGGAACAGCUCCUUAACAUUCACAAUUUAGAGCUUUCACAACUGUUCGGUAUGGAAAGUAUUAGUCCAAAUUACGUGAUAAUUGACGUCAUCGCAGACCCUUCAGCAAUAUCUGCUACUCAGAUUCUCUUCAUAUGUAUGGCUGUGUUUAUUUUCUUUGGUUCAUUGGCUGCCCUUGUUGUGGCACAGUACUCAUGGUCGAGAAUUGAGAUGGAGAGACAAGAAGCUGAAAAGAACGUUGAAAGACUAGAGAAUGAAAUGGAACUGAGCACAAUUAGAAGUAGACAGUCUAGCAAGCUUUCAUCUAUCAUAGCAGCAGCAGCGGUAAACCCUGCUUUUGCCGAAACUGAGUUCACAGGCAAUGGAAAGAUUGUUACACAAACGGAGGAGCAGGAGAUGCACAUGCUCUUUGGAGAUGAGCCACUUGAAGCCAUUUUAAAUGCCCAGGGUCUUGGAAGUGCAUCACAGAGCGUUAUUGAUAGCGGAGUAGGCCAUACAUCCGUACAUUCAGAUGCUAACUGUGUUGAUACGUCUGAUCAGAAAAUAGAUAUUGAAACUCCAGCAAGAUCCCAGUCUAGUUUAAAUGUGCAGAAUGAUAUUCCAGUUAAUGAUGAAGGGCCCGUUAUGACAUCAAGUCCUAGAAUAAGUCGUGAAAGUAAGCCUAUGGACGAUAAAGUCAUUACAAUAAAGAAUUCAGAUGAUAAGGCUGAGAUCAUUGAAGACCCAGGUGGUACUGAUAUUACUAAAGAAAUUCCUGACCAAGUUUCUCGAAGUAGGACGGCUUCUUUUCUUCUUUUAGAUGCUACUGGAGAGUCGGAAACGGACGAUGCUGCGGACGACACUGAUGUUAAGAAAAAAAGAACUACAAAUGCAGCAGAACAGCAGCAUGACAAACCAAAAAAGGUCGUCAGACUACAGUUACCAAGCGAAUCAACGCCACAGGAUUCCAAGGUUAUCUUAAUACCUGGUUCAGACGAAGGUAAUGAGGGUUCUUCAGAUGACGGUAAUAACAUAGAUGAAGAGAAUGAGGAUGAUUCCGAAAUUGAAUGUACCUCAUUUUGAAACAGAUUGUCUCAAGACAUUUUUGAAGAAGUUGACAAAUGACAAUUUUGUGCAAUAUAACACAUCUAUAUAACCUAAUCUUUAUGUAUUGAAAGGUUCAUAUUCACUCAUUACCAACAUAUUUCAUGUAUGUUUGUUAACAAAUGGAAUCAAUCUGUAAAUGCCGUUGAAAUGUAGGGUUUUUCAUUGUUAAAACGAUAACAUUUGUUUUAAUCCUACAAAUGAUUUUUUCAUUAUAGCAUUCGUGGUACAUUCCUCUUGACUUGCGAAUGAAACAAAGUAUAUUUAGAAAAAUGAAUGUUUCAUAAUAUGUGAUACACUUUCAAAUAAUUGUUGCGAUACUGAUUUUAUAGCUACAAACAAAAUGCUUAUACCAAAAUAAACUAGACACUUCACCAUUUUGAAUGCGACGUAAAAUUCUGGAAAACGUUAACGUCAUGACGUCAUGUAUGACAUCAUUAUUAUCUGUUAUUUUCAAGAUGGCGUUGUUCAUGGACAAGUGUCAAGAUAUCAUAAAAUUGUACUAUGAACAGCAUUCUAUCAUAUCUGUAACUAGAAGAAUAAGGAAAAUGUACCCUGCCGACAGAAGGGUGACCAGGCUACAAGAAAGCAGAGUAGUU